GGUGCGGCCCGGAGCGCCGGGAGCCGAGCGGCGGGCACCGGGGGCCGGCAUGGCGUGGCCCUGCAUCAGCCGACUCUGCUGCCUGGCGCGGCGCUGGAACCAGCUGGACCGCUCCGACGUGGCAGUGCCGCUGACCCUGCACAGCUACUCGGACCUCGAGAGCGAGGAGCCCGGCCCAGGGGGCGCCGCUUGCCGCAGGGGCCCGUCCCCUGCAGGCGCCCGGGACCCCGGCCGGGACGUGCCGCUCACUCAGUACCAGCGGGACUUCGGCGUGUGGACGGCGCCCGCGGGGCCCAGAGAUGCUCCGCAGGGGCGCGGGUCGGGUGCGGGCGGCCGCAGGAACAAGCCCCCCGCGGCCCCCGGCCGGGGUGUCUACGUGCUCCCCAUUGGCGACGCGGACUCGGCUGCGGUGACCACGUCUUACAGACAGGAGUUCCAGGCCUGGACCGGAGUGAAGCCGCCGAGAUCCACAAAGGCAAGACCCACCACAGUCCUCACAACCCACAGCUCCGGAUGGGACAGCAGCCCUGGGGGCAGCUUCCAGGCCCCUGAGGGGAGGAAGAAGUUCACCCCUAACCCAUCAGCCAUCUUUCAGGCUUCAGCUCCCCGGAUCCUCAACGUAUGACCGGCCACAGCGGAGUCAGAACCCACCGCCGCCAAGACGGGCUGUCCUCGGCCGCUCAGGGACUGGGGUGAGAUCCUGGGGCUGGCCCUCUGCUGUCUGAGGGGAAGGGCCGUGGGCGCCACUCCUCCCCGGCUGCCCCCCGGGGCUGUGGGCCUGGCGCGGAUGGACACUGGCACCACCCAGCUCGGCUUUGGGCCUCCACCACCCUCUCGUUCCCCAACGACAGAAGGCUUCACAUCUUUUUUUAAUUGCCUCUCUUGGCCACCCUUCAGUUUUUAAAUCUGAAGAACUUAAGGAUCAAUUCUGUUGUAAACUGAUUCGGUCUGUGCCGGCUGAGGAAUAUGGACAUAACAGGUGCUUGAAAGAACCAGUCAUGUCCACCUGGCUGUCUUCCCAGGCCGCAUGAGAACUUUGUAACCUAUGGCAACCCAAGGGACUGUCCUUGGAGAUGCCUACAAAUGGCCCCACACAUUCAGGUUGAAGAAAUCUUGGGUUAUCCCCUGCAUGUGACUCAUGGUGAUGUCGAGUAACUAGGAUGUCGUUUCCAAAGAAUAUCAAUCAUAGGGUUUCAAUUUCAAAGACAUAAUUUAGGGCCCAGGUGACCCUAUCCUUGUGUUUUAACAAAUGGCUUCGUGUGGAGUGCUUUAAGUACUGAAUGAAUGACACCUGUAGGUUUCUGAGCCCCACAUUUUAUUACUAAUUCCAGUUUUUUCCCUUACAGUUGACGACUAGAAGGGAACACCAUACACACUGGCAAAGAACUGGGAGCUCUUUUGGGACGAAGUGGCCUUAGCCUCAUUCCCUGACUUUAGCCCGUUCUCUACACCUAGAUGACUCCCACCCUGCUCCGUCACUCCGAGUGGGGCGAGCUCACUGUGAGGAGGCAGCUGUCGGCUUCAGGAAGCUGCCUCCUUUGCCGGGAAGUCCCAGCCCACGUGGCCACACGAAGCGAGCCUGGCCCCGUUUGCACAGCCGGCGGUCAGACAUGUGAAGGAGUUUCUGUCCCCUCUUGGAGAUUAGGGGCACAAGCUAAGGGCAGUACUUGGUAAGGAAACUCAGGGAUUUCCCUGUGGCGCCUCCUCCCUGUGCAGCCCUCGCGUGCUGUCUGGCGAGCGUUUAAGCCGUUUCCCAGCCCCUCAGACGUGGAGCGGGGCUGGUCCCUCGGAGGGCUGGCUCUGGCUGGCACAGCCUUCCUCUUCAGUGCAGCAAAGCAACUGCUCGGAAUCAUUUUAAAGGCAGAACCCCAACCAUGUGCUUACACAAAGGGUUCUGUUAUUUCAGACUUCAUUGUUAGAUGUUUCUAAGAGGAGAGAGACUGCCUGCUGCUGUGCAUUCUGUGGGAAAUGAACAGAUGAACCGUACAAUCUUAGAUUUUACUAAAAUGCAAAAGCGCACUGUUACAAUUUCUUAGCUUAUUUAAUUAUAAACCUGGAGCACCUUCUCAUACAUCUUUAUCCUCCCCUGGACUUUGGUGGAUCAAGGCUAUUACUGGUUGCCCCUUGGAGGCUGACAAAUCCCAAGGGCUCUCCCUCUGGACUGCCACCCACAUUGGUGUCGUAUGCAAUAGUCACAGGACACACAAACCUCCCCUCUUUCACGUGUACCACCCCUCUGCACCCCCAAGGCUAGGGUGAAAAGACCAUCUCUGAAGCUAGUCUUGGGCUUAAAUCCUGACUUUUCUACUCACUAGCUGCGAGCAGUUUCAGCUUCCAUUUCCUUAUCUGCAGAGUAAGAGUGGCUAAGAGAGUUCCUGUUUAUGGGCAGGGUGCUUAUUAGUACAGUGAAUGGCCAACAGAACACAGACGUGACGGUUGUCCCUUCCUGCCCAGGCCAGAGAGCCAGCUCUGUUCUCCUUUGCAGCUUUGGCCCAUCUGAUGCCAGUGACACAGUCCCUCCCCUUAGACGCUGCCCGUGUCACCCUUCCCUCCCCCACAGCGUGCAGACCAGACCGAAAGCUGUAUCUCAGCCCGAUACCACAGGCCUGCCUUUCCCAGCAGCCUUGGCACCUCAGCAGUGCGAGCACCCCUGCCUCACCUGGCCUGUCUCUGAAGGCAGACUGCUUGCCCAAGAGCCUUUUUGGAAUGCACCAGAACAGACAGCUUUCCACAAAACCCCCAACUCAAUAAUCCUCUUUACCAGGCUUCAUUAUUAAGAGACUGGCGUUCUGAAGAAGGAACUUCCACCUACUCUAGGUCUUAGUAAAGCCUAACAUCAUGUCACUGGAGUGGCCUUCCAAAGCAAUGGGACAAUAGUCUCAAGUGUGUGGUACCAACCCACAUACGUAAUACACAUACAUAUAAAAUAGACGGAGAGGAAAAUGCAGCGCAUACUAACGGUGGUUAUCUUUGGGAAGGGGAAUUACGGGUAACUUUAAAUUUUUUACACCUUACUAUAUUUGCUAAAGUUUCUAUAUAAUAAGCAUUUUUGUAUUAAUUCUGUAAAGAGUAAUGUUUUUAAAAUAAAAAGUUCAACCUGUUAGUGAAUCUUGGCCAAAAGAAAGUGUUCGGUAUCAGUGAUUCCACAACCAGUGUUUGUUAGCCCUGCCAACAGCCGCCUUGAGGAUGCAGCGUGAGGCCCAAGUGGAGGGGCGCCCCAAAGUCCUCCCCCACGGUCACUGAGACCAAGGUCCCACCUCUGUGCCCCACGGUGCUUCAAAGCUCGGAAAAACCCAGCGCAAGUGGGACUACUUUCCUAGCUGUACCAACAACCAGGAUUUUAGGCCAAACUCCAAAAGCAGCUUUUGAAAAACUGUGAUUCUGCAGCCCACGCCGGGCAGACAGGGAACCUCCCCUUUAGUGGGGUCAAGUCCGCCAGCGCUGUUCACACAGGCUUCAGUCAGUCAGAGGGAGUCCCCAGCUGAGGAACUGCCUGUGACAUCAAUCUCUGUCCUGUGGCUCCAGUCAAAACUGUGGCUGAGGUCAACAUUCAGGAAAGGAGCCUAAGCAACCACCCCUAUUCUUCUUCCUCCGGACACUUCAGUUCCCUAAAGGCUGCGAAGCCUGGUCCCGAGAAGGCUACGGACCUGGACUCUCUCAUGAUGCCUCUGCCCUGCAGAACUUCCUGCCUUUGAAGAACCAAAGCUUUCAAAGCCCUUAGUCUUGUUAAGGGGGCUGUAAAAAGUGGUUAUUUCUGCAAUGUUUCUGCAUCUUUGGUCAUUUUUGUUUUUAGCUGUUCUAGCAGAUGGUCACGGCAGGACUGUGGCACAGGAGUAACUUCUUCCAGACCUCAGCAUAGACCAGUUCCAGCUCUCCGGACAGACCGGUGUGCUUUGUCAGACAACAGGAGUGGUUUCCCUCCUUGCCUUGACUUUGAGGAGGCUCCGAGCUCCAUUAGGUAGUUUUCCUUUGCCCCAAGCUGUCAGAAAUCCUUAUUUCCUGGGUCAACGUGCAUCUUCCAAAAUCUUUUUCGGACUUUUAUGUAACUGUAAUCCUUUAUCUUGCAUAGCUGCA